AUGAGCCAACAAACCUCUCUGGAAGACCUCAUUCCAGUGGUCAACAAGCUGCAAGAUUUAGUGUUCAACACUAUUGGGUUGGACACUCUGGAUUUACCGCAAGUUGUGGUUGUGGGAUCACAGUCUAGUGGCAAAUCCAGCGUGCUUGAGAACAUUGUGGGGCGCGACUUUCUGCCUCGCGGCACAGGAAUUGUUACGCGGCGGCCUUUGAUUUUGCAGCUGGUCCAUGUAGAGUCCGACUCCUCGUCGGUUGAGCUGGCGGAGUAUGGCGAGUUUCUGCACAUUCCAGGCCAGCAGUUCUACUCGUUUGACGAGAUCCGACGCGAAAUUGAGCGUGAAACCGCGCGCUUAGCUGGUGCCAACAAGGGCAUCAAUAAAUUGCCCAUCAACCUCAAGAUCUUUUCGCCUCACGUGCUCAAUCUGACUUUGGUCGACCUGCCGGGCGUCACCAAGGUGCCCAUCGGUGACCAGCCCACGGAUAUCGAAAAGCAAACCAAAGAGCUCGUGUUGGAGUAUAUUUCCAAGCCCAACAGUCUCAUUCUGGCUGUCACGCCUGCUAACCAGGACUUGGUAAACUCUGAGAGUCUCAAACUUGCUCGCCACGUUGACCCCAAGAGCAAGCGGACUAUUGGUGUCCUUACCAAGCUAGAUCUCAUGGACAGGGGCACAAAUGCGCUUGAGAUUUUGAGCGGCAACGUUUACCCGCUCAAGCUUGGGUUUAUUGGUGUAGUCAAUCGCUCCCAGCAAGACAUCCAGGAUUCCAAGUCUCUGGACGAUUCGCUGAGCGCCGAGCGCCUGUUUUUCGAAAGCCACCCGGCAUACCGCAGUAUUUCACACAAAUGCGGCACCUCUUACCUGGCCAAGAUGCUCAACCAAACUCUCAUGGCACAUAUCCGUGAGAGACUGCCUGAUAUCAAGGCUCGCCUCAAUACAUUGAUUGGCCAAACCGAACAAGAACUCGCUGCGUUUGGAAAGACUCAAGACUGGACCGAGCAGUCACAGGGACCAUUGAUUUUGCAUUUGAUGACCAAGUUUGCCGGAACAUUUGUUGCGUCGAUUGAUGGCUCGUCUUCGGAAAUUUCCACUAAAGAGCUCUGCGGUGGCGCCCGGAUUUAUCAUAUUUUUAACAACAUUUUCGUGGCUAGUCUCAACGACAUUGAUCCAAUUGCUUCUUUGUCGUACCAGGAUGUUUUGACCGCCAUUCGCAACUCCACAGGUCCCCGGGCCUCCUUGUUUGUUCCGGAACUCGCGUUUGAUUUGUUGGUCAAGCCUCAGAUUCGCCUUUUGGAACAACCGGCCCAGCGCUGUGUUGAGCUCGUUUACGAAGAACUGAUGAAGAUUUGCCAUAACUGCGGGCACCAGGAGCUCGAGCGUUUCCCCCGUUUACAGUCACGACUGAUCGACACGGUUUCUGCCCUGCUUAACGAACGACUCGGCCCUACCUCUAACUACGUCACGUCACUCAUCGAGAUUGAACGUGCAUAUAUCAAUACCAACCACCCUGAUUUCAUGGGUGCCGCCUCUGCCAUGGCCAAUGUCCUCGACGAGUCUCGGGAUCGUGACGCCAAGGCACCUCCGAAGUCGAUCGCCGAGGCGGUCGAAGAGCUCAGUUUGAGCAAACCUGCUGCGAGUGAUGACAGUGUGAGUUCACUCGAUGACGAGAAUAGCCUGGACCAUGACCCUGCUCAUCGGGACACCUUCUUGAACUACUUUUUCGGAUCUAGCGGCAGUGACAAGGAGAAGCGUUCUCGGGGCCGGGCCGCUGGUCCCUCGAUCUCGGAAAAGCAAGCCGAACGUCUUGAGUUGGAGGCCUCGGAGCUCAGUCAGCGCGAACGCCUCGAAUGUGACUUGAUUCUCAAACUUAUCUCUUCAUACUUUGCUAUUGUCCGCGAGACAAUCGCCGACCAAGUCCCCAAGGCGAUUAUGCACUUGCUGGUCAACUUUAGCAAAGAAAAGGCUCAAAACCGUCUGGUGUCUGACCUGUACAAAGAAACCUUGUUUGCUGAGUUGCUCUACGAGGAUGAAAACAUCGUUCAGGAACGCAAAAAGUGUCAACAAACUUUGUCGACCUACAAACAAGCGGCUAAGGUUAUCACCGAGGUGAUUUAG